AUGACACAAAAGAAGGCAAAGGCGGCCGACAUGUCGGUUGAAGCUGCCAAUGACGAAACAUCAUUGAUCCUGGAUUACCUUCCUGCUGACUGGUCUUUUAGGGAAGCAAAAUCGUCCUUAUUCGCAUCUCAGGCCAUCGAUGUUUCCGCGAAUUUGCAUAACAAGGUCUCAAAAACGCACACAGCGAAGGUCUUGCGAGAACUACACCGAAAGAAGGAGAUUGAAGCACGGGUCUCAGGAAAACACACAGUUUAUCAUGCUCUUCAAGAUGCGUCCGAUGAAGUCACGAUGGAGGCCAUGGCGGCGAUGGAUGAGAGGAUCAAGCAGCUGCAAGCACAGUCAACGACACUCAAGACCAAGGAAAAGAAAGCGCGAACAGAGCUAGCAACGCUCUCCACGAAGCCACUGCUCUGUGAGCUGCGACACGAUGUCAGCCAACUUGAGCAAGAAACACAGGCGAUUUUAUCUCGUCUCAAGAAGAUUCAGAAAAGUGAUUCAAUCCAGGUGUCUCCGGAUGAGAAAGCAGAGUUGGGGAAGGAAUGGAGACGCUGGAAUAAGAUCGCUAGUGUCCGUAAGAGGAUCUGUCGGGAUCUAUGGAGUAAAUGCUUAGAGGUUGUACCGGACAAUGUGAGUCGAGAAGAGCUUUGGGGCAAUUGCAAGUUCGGAGCCAAGUGCGCGCUGGCGCAUAUCCUUCCUGAUGGUCGGCGGGUGAAUCGUCCAAGUCCCGGUAUGGGAAUGGGUGGAGGCCAUCUCAAUCUGGGGGGACGCGUCAACCCUCAAGCAUAUGUCAAUCAAGAUUCGGCCCUGACGAACUCGGUUCUCUCCCAACAGCGCAUGAAUGGUCAUGAUCCUCGUUACAUUUCGCAGUUGCCGCCUCAAGAGGAGUUCGGUGCUCUACAACAGCAGCAGCAGCAGCCACCCCCACCGCCGUUCGACGCCAUCCCUACCAUCGAUGCAGGCUUGACGUCGGAUGCGGGUUCGAAGUAUGGGUCGCCACCGGACGACACGCGUUUCCCUAUGUCUCCGAAUCACCGUCACCUAACCGCUCUUGACGCACAGCUCCCCGCGUCAUUUGACAGUCAAGGCAUUUCGCACGCCGCUCGUUAUGGCCCCGUGGCCGCGUCCGUGCCAUCGAAGUUCGGGUUGGAUCUGGCCUCUCCUCCGACGCAGAGAAUGGGUGGUCCGUCAGAUGUACUUCGUACUCUCCGUGACACAGCGUAUGGGUCUGACUUCAGAAAGCCCUCGUCGUUCAUGGGAUCAUCCCCUCCAGGUAUUCCCGAAGAUGGGGUAGGACCGAGAUUUCUACACUCUGCUAGGCCAGUGAAGUCGCGCAUGCUUUCGGCCAGUGUUCCCCGACCCACAGCAUUGGAUGACUGGGAUGACAGCAACUUCCCCAUGGAGGAGGAUUAUCUGCCAAUCAAUUUGCACGAUGACGUCCUCACCCCUCAGGAGAAACUCCGACGUCUUUCGCGCACCGAUCAUGAUCUCAGUUCUAGCCACCGCGAUUUGAGCGGACUCGGUAUGACCAGUACCAGUUUCUCCAAGAUCGGCUCUCCGCUCGCAUCCAGUCCGUCACGGUUCGGUGCCUUGUUUGCCAAGCAACGCCAGCAGAAAAAGGAUGAAGACUCCCAUGGUACAUCGUUUUCGCACAUCGGCUCGCCUCUUCGCGAGUCCUCCCUCAAUCUAGGUACCAGUCCCAGCUUGGGUCCCAUCGGAAGCCGACAGAUCCCUGGCGAUGUCUCUCCAUAUGUGGCCAGCCCUGGGAGACAGUCAUCGACAUCCAUGAUCUCUCAGCAGCUGAGUAGCAUGUCUCUUUACCCUGCUCCUGCCCGUCACUCCUCCGCAGUAGGCUCCAACGGUCGCCUGGACCGUACAAUCUCGUCGCCUGUCAGCACAAGCAAGAUCGACGAGGAGCAGAGUGAUUUAGUCUUCUCCAUGGAGGAAGAAGACAGCAGCAAACGGAACAGUACUUCUUGGGCCACCAAUAAGGCGGAUUCCAACGAUGGCGCAUCGACCCCCACAAGCAACUCAGGUUUCCAGCCAUGA